GUCCACCUCGUUCGCUCGAGCGUCGAGUCCAAAGGUCUCCGAGCUCGCGCGUAAGGUUCUGGAGGUUCCCCUGAGCGCGGCUCGGGCGGUGGGAUUGAAGCGCGCGCGCGUGGAGCCGUCGAGCGGGCGCGCGUCGCCGUCGAUCGCGGGUGGGGAAACGAAGCGCGCGCGCGGGAACUCGGCGCUCGACGUCUCCGUGACGCAACGAACGAUCGAGAGCGGUGAUGUGGAGGGGAACGACGCGCCGUGGCCGAGUUCGAAGCGUAAGCGUCGAAGUGAUGCCGAGGAUGACGCGAGCGAGGCGCGGGCGACGCAUCGUCGACGGAUGGGAGGAGACGCGGAGGAGACGCGGUUCGAGGCGAGCGCGCGGGUCAUCGAGCGCGCGUCGGACGCUCGGGCGACGCCGACGCUCGCUUUUGGGCGCGUGUUGCGACAGGGGAGCGUGGAUGCGUUUAAGAAUUUACCGAAAAUGCCAUCGCGGGUGACGUUGAGGGCGAUGACGCGGAAACCACCGCGUAGAGGGUUAUCUCUUCGCGGUCCGCGAAGAGGUCUCGACGCGCGCUCCGCGGUUGAGUUCUCCGAGCUCCCGGAGGAUAAGGCCGAGCGCGAGCGAUUAGAGGCGACGAAGGUGCCGGCACUCGUCGCCCCCUCGACGUCGAGUCCGUUCACGUUCGGUGCGAGCGCCCAGACGGCGACCGAAUCGAAGGCUGCGUCCGGGACGUUUACGUUCGGCGCCGUCAAAUCGACGACGACGGACGCCCGGGCGCUCGACAAGCCGUCAUCCGGGACGACCGAUUCGAACGGUAAACCACUCACGUCGGCGACGUCCGCACCCGCGUUCAGUUUCGGCGCCACACCGGCGUCCGCCGCGGCGACGCCGAAUCCGUUCUCCGCCGCCGCGCCGCCCGCCGCCGCGCCCGCCGCAAACCCCUUCGCCGGCUUCACCGCCGCCCCCCCGUCCACCGCCGCCCCCGGCGCGCGCAGAGUCGUCCGCGCCCGUCGUCCGGCGUCUCGAAACCGCUAG